AUGACAGUGUGUGUCAGAAGUGCUCAGUUGACUGUGUGCUUUAGAAGUGUUCAGUUGAUAGUGUGUGUUCCCGUCGCUUUCCAGGCUAAACUUACGAAGGCAAUCAGCAGGCUCUCAGAAAAAGAAAUUAUCAAAUACGACGAAGUGAUUAGCAAUGUUGGAAAUGGAUAUAGUCCUAGUACUGGUAUAUUCACAGCACCAGUGGACGGGAUAUAUUUUUUCAGUUGGACAUACAUGACAAAGAAGGGGGCUAUUGCUUAUAUUGGAGGAGUAGUAGAUGGCAAAAUUCUAGUUUAUUCGGCCAUCCAUGGCCAAUCAGCGGACUAUCAGACCACAACGGCACACCUGUUUGUGAAAGAGGUUUAUAAUGAGCCACUUGUAGACUUAUUUACAACUGAAAAAGAACCAGUCAUCAAUCAAAGUGAAAAUGUGAAAAGUAUGCUCAAACACGAGUGCUGA